AUGGAAUUCGCUGAAGAAGAUCUCCAUUCCUAUCUCCACACUGAAGCCUACGUCCAAUCACGUUGGCGUAAUAAACUUCUUCGCCUCCGCGAAAUAGCCAAUGGGCUUCGCAUAAUUCACGAGAAAGAUCUCUAUCACGGAGACGUGCAUAGCGGAAAUAUAUUAAGAGGAUCAAGAUAUCUACGAGGAGGGUCUAUAUAUAUCGGAGAUUUAGGACUAUGUAAACCAUGCAAUAGAGACUCGAAGAAUGACGAGAUAUACGGUGUAAUCCCAUACACAGCACCCGAGGUAUUAAUGGGGGGAAAGAUAGGCAAAGCGGCAGAUAUCUAUGCUUUCGGUGUCAUUAUGUGGGAAUUCGCUGCUCGCGAGCGGCCAUUUGCAGACAGAUCACAUGAUGCUCAGUUGAUAGCCGACAUAUGCGAUGGUCUGCGUCCGCUUAUCCCGUCUGAUGUUCCGUCGUGUUAUCGUAAUUUACUCGUGCGAUGCUGGGCUUCUGAUCCGAAUAGUCGACCGACUGCUGAUGAAUUAUGGAAUGUAUUUGCAGAUUGGAUAUUCCAUAGUAAAAAUAAGGAUCAGUUCGACAGAGCAGACGAUAGUCGGAAAUACAAGUUAGAGUCUGGACUGCCAGUGAGAUUACCGAGCGUUUUAGUACAUCCUGAAGCAGUGUACAAGAGUCAGCCACUGGGUGAAAUGAUUAAAUCUGCUGCGCAGAUAAGGAAAGCUAGAAGAACAGAUGAUGUUAAAAGAG